AAGCGUUGUUGUUGGUCAGUGAAGAACGGUUCAACGGCAUAAUUUUCCGGCUAAAAAAUGAGACCCACAAUAUAAUAGUUAUGCAUUACAAACACUAGUCAUCUUUCUCUUACAUCUUUCUUCCCUUUUCUCCUCCUUUACCCAUCACAUUUAUUCGAAUUUUAGGGUUAGGGUUCCUCCUUCUCCUUCUCCUUCUACUUGUUUGUUUGUGUGAUUCUGCAUUGUAUGUACAAAUGUGUGAUUGAAAGCAACCCAUCAAAUUUUAUUUCUCUGUUUAUACAACAAUCAGGUCUUCUCGAGAAGAUCUGAGAGAGGGAUACCUACCAAAAUGAGCGCCUCCAGGUUUAUUAAGUGUGUCACCGUUGGUGAUGGUGCCGUUGGAAAGACUUGUCUCUUGAUUUCCUACACCAGCAAUACCUUCCCCACGGAUUAUGUGCCAACUGUGUUUGACAAUUUCAGUGCAAAUGUGGUUGUCAAUGGGGCUACUGUCAACCUAGGGUUGUGGGAUACUGCUGGACAAGAAGAUUACAAUAGGUUAAGACCUCUGAGUUAUCGUGGAGCUGAUGUUUUCAUUUUGGCGUUCUCUCUCAUCAGUAAAGCCAGUUAUGAAAAUGUUUCCAAGAAGUGGAUUCCUGAGUUGAAACAUUACGCCCCUGGUGUCCCUAUAGUGCUUGUUGGAACAAAACUUGAUCUUCGAGAUGAUAAGCAAUUCUUCAUAGACCAUCCAGGUGCCGUGCCAAUUACUACUGCUCAGGGUGAAGAGCUGAGGAAAACAAUUGGUGCACCUUCCUACAUUGAAUGUAGUUCAAAAACACAGGAGAAUGUAAAAGGAGUAUUUGAUGCUGCCAUUAAAGUUGUGCUCCAGCCACCCAAGGCGAAGAAAAAGAAAGGGAAGUCUCAAAGGGCUUGCUCAAUUUUGUGAUCAAUAGUAGGUCCGGGGUUAUUCCUUGUCACAGUUUCCACGCGUUGUAAUCUGUCCCCUCACAUCUGUUUCUGUUUUCCUUUCUCGGAAGAAGUAAGAGGUCCUUGUAUGUCUGUUUUGAAGCUACUAGUGAUCUCUUGAAGUGUCAGGUGGCUCGAUUUCUUGUAUUGCUGUGAUCUCUGAUUACUGAGUUUCACAACACGCUCUAGGCCACUCUAUUUUGUCCUCGCUGUUUUGAUUUGUUUUAUGUAUUACUGACUGAAAGAUCAAUUUAGGAAAACAAAUUUUCUCA